AUGGCAUCCCCUUCCCCAACCACGUACCUAGCACUGCUCGACAACGUGGUCGACUUCGCAUUGCGACUCGCGGAGGCUGGUGACAGAUUCCCCGUCGCGCCUCCGCCGGACGUUGCACCCGAGCUAGUCGCGGAGGUCCGCCAGAUUCUCGAACGUGUUCGGGAGGCUCAGAACAACAGAAUUACGGUUCCGUGGGAUAAUCGAUCCUACGAUGUCGCUGUAGGCGGACAUGAAGGCCGGACCUGGGGUUUUGAGAUAGCCCUGCAGGAACAGUUUCGACCCUUGGGACCAAUAAGUAUCAAUCAACCGACCUUAUUCGAAGAUGUCAAACGACAAGCUCUCGUUUACUAUCUCUCUGAUUGUAUCUCAGAAGAUCGGCAGGCGCGAAUUGCAGAUUCUAUUGGAGUCCUGGCUCCCACACUCCGCGCAAAUGGUCCUAAAGUCAUAAGGAACCUGCCAGGUGCCCCUCGCUCUCAAGCAGCUUGGCGCAAUGCAGAGAACCUAUUCCUCAAGUCUCACCAAUGUGACAAGUUUGGACGAGGAAACAUUAGUGGCUCACCAGCAUGGCAGCAACAAGCCAAAACGGGCUGGACGAAUUCCAUUCAUGUCUCCGCGGACCUCGCACCUCCGCCGGGCCGGCGCGGGCCCUCCGCGGGUCAGCUCGGAUUCCAGAAGUUCUUCGCGGAGAAUCUUGAGACCGGCCUUCUUGUUUCGACAGCUCUUGUCCUCACCCAUCCCGAGCAAUACGCACUGACAAGAGCAUCUCUCGAGCGUCUCUCUACCAUUGAUCACAUCUCCGAGCGGCUUCUGGAAUGGUCGUUCUCUUUCAACGUCGUCACUGUCAUCGCGAACCGCCAGGCCCCUUUCCAUCGGGAUAGAUCUAGUGGUGGGUCGGAGUGGAUGGAGGUUCUCCUCACUGUUGGAGGUGAUGCUGAGACUGUGUUGGAGUUGCCGGGAAUUGGAGCUCGCUUUCAGUAUAGGUCGGGGACUAUGGCUCUGUUUGCCGGCUAUACACACCUGCACGGUGUCAGCGAAUCGUGCGCGGAGAGAGUCUGCAUCGCGAGCUAUGCCCGCCCAUCUGUGCAGCGUCUGUUUCGUCUUCAUAACCCGGAUCCCCCCACAGUCGCGCGAUCACUACACCAUAAUAUUUGGAGGCAGUACAUCACAGACAUACUCUCAUGGGCGCGACAGCCCGAGUUCAGUACCUAG